AUGGUUGAAAAUGAAGAUGAUGAGAUGAUGAAGUUGCCAAAAUGGGUUGAGCUGUUCCUGCAAAGGACUUUCUUCAGCUCGUGUUUGGUUCAUGAGGAAGUUCAAAAGAAUGAAAUGAACUGGUACUGCAUAACCUGUGACGUUGCGGCAUGCAGACACUGCCUCUCCUCGGAUGACAGCCAUGAAAGCCAUACGUUGUUGAAGAUUUAUAGACAUGUUUACAGAGAUGUCGUUACCCUUGCUGAGAUGGGGGUUCAUAUCGACUGUUCCAACAUUCAGGUUGACGAAGGUGGAGCUUGUGAUCUUUGCCGGAGAAGACUGAAUGAUCCUCGUCUUUAUCGUUUCUGUUGUCUUGCUUGCAAGGUGGAAAGCCAUAUGAAGAAGGCAAUUGCAAACAACAAGGUGGUUAGGGUUGAUGCAGAAUUGGAAGUAGCGGCGGAUGAAGAAGUUGGGUGCACCACACAAACGCGGCGCAAGCGCACAAGGAAAGGUGUUCCUCACAGGUCUCCAUUGCUCUGA